UUACAUAUGUAGGAAGUUGGGUUGGAAUGUGAUUCUAUGUCCAAACACGGACAUAGAAGCCAAAACGACCGGUUUAUCGGAAAUAACCUUUUAGAGGUUAUUUGUAUUGAUUAAGGUUUUAUGAUGUUAAAACCUUGUUAGGAACUUGAUUAAAGUAUUUUUGAGCUUCGCCGGAGUAUCGCCGGAGUAUCGCCGGAGUUGGUCAAAGUUCGCCGGAAUUAGUCAAAGUUCAAUCGGGGAGCGUAGAACGCGCUUAAGCUCACUUAAGUUUCAGGUAGGAGCUGAGCUUGCUACCAGUGCCCGUUGCUCCGGGUGAAUUCAAGGAAGGAAGACGUGGUUCGUGCUUCCUCCGUUCCUGUUUUAAAAACAUUUAAAUUAAUGCUCAUGGAUAUUACAUUUUGAAUAAUCAUCACGGGGCUUGCAUGCCCAUGUUUGCCAAAGUGUGGCACGAACACUUGUAUUAAAUGUUUCCGCUGUUUUGAAUGAAUAUUUUACAUUAUGUUUGUUUAUGGAUGUACUAUGUGUGAAUGAUAUCCCAGACGCCUUGUAUAGUAUGAAUGUGUUGGACUGCGGUUGACUAUUCGUACUGUACGGCGGAUUGUUGACGUGUCCGGAUAGGUCUGGGGCGUGACAAUUUAAAUGGUAUCAGAGACUUAGUCCGUAAAUUUCAUAAUGAAGCUUCAAAAUCUCUUUUCGAAAAUGAAUUUGAAAACCAUGAGCAUAAAAGUUUUGUACUUAUAGAACUUUUGGUACUUGAGUUGCAAAGUCUCUAAUUGUUAAGAUGGUACCCUUAACAAUUGGUAUGGCGGUGAUUUGAGCCAAAGGAUGUCUUUAAGUACCUAUCCGUCACUUGACAUUGAUACGAGUCUAAUGACUCAUUCUACCUCCUUUCAGAAAUGGAGCCAAUCGGAAGGAUCACGAGGAGGAACCCGACGGGCCGUGUACCGGGUGGAUCCGAGCGCGGUAGUCGGGGGUCCUCUAGGGGAUCAAGACGAAGGGGCCGUGGAGGCCAACACCAAACCGUGAGCGAUGGCCACGUCGAGACGGAAAGUGAGACCUAUUGGUCUUAUGAAGAUUCAACCUACCGGCCGGAAACGGAGCCGGUUGAGACCCCUUAUGAAGGGGAUGAUGAUGAUGUGAGUGACGAGGAGGAAAGUGGCUCCUUGGCCAGGAUUGAAGCGCUGCUCCAACAAUACCACCGGGAGCGCGAGGAAAGAAGGGAACGUCGAAGGCGCCGUGCGGGGCAACCUUCGGGCGGGGCUCCAAGGGGUAGGAGUGUUUGUGACUCGAGAACCCAUGUAGAAGCGCAUGGGAGCCGUGGUGACGGAGGUCCAACCAUAAGGAUCUCCAAAUACAUUAAAGAGGCGAGGGAUUUGGGGUGCAAACCGUUCGAUGGAACGGGAGACAUCUCGGUUGCCGCGCAGUGGAUCAAGAGGCUGAACGAGGCGGCUCUUGACAUGCAACUCACCCCCGAUUUUAAACUGAGAAUCGCGGUGAGGUUACUUGAAGGUUUGGCAUCCAAAUGGUGGGAUGGGACCAAGGGCAAGUAUGGUGGGACUGUUACUUGGGAGGAUUUUCGGCAAGAAUUCUUUGCCCAAUACUACUCCGACUUUGAGGUAAACGCCAAAGUGAGGGAGUACACUCUUUUGACCCAAGGGGGUAACAUGACGGUGAAAGAACUUGAGCAUAAGUUCAGGAACCUUGCCGACCACAUACCGGAGUAUGCUUGUGAUGAGAACCGAAUGGUGAAUCACUUUUGGGAGGCCUUGGACCUGGAGAUACGUGAUAGGGCGACUCAAUUGCCCAACAUGACUUUCAGCCAAGUGGUUGCCCAGGGGUUGAAGGGGGAAAAGCAAUGGGAGGAGAGGAAGAAGAGGGACGCCGAGGAGGCGAAGAAGAGAAAAUGGGAGAGCCAUAGACCGAUGUAGAUAACGGUGAUUAUUGAGCUGGGCUCUAGACCGUAGUAGUUAUCGGUGAUUAUUGAGCUGGGCUCUAGACCGAUGUAGAUGACGGUGAUUAUUGAGCUGGGCUCUAGACCGUAGUAGGUAACGGUGAUUAUUGAGCUGGGCUCUAGACCGUGGUAAUAAAUGAUGAAAUGACACUAAACGAACAAAGUUAAUCAUGAGAUAAUAACACCCUAAAUUGAGGGUCUUGGAAAUUGAAACAUUGAUUAUACUUAGUAUAGUUGUCAUUGUACUUGUCAAAUGCUUCCAAGUACUGACCUCCCCUUCACGGGGGAGGCCACCUCACAGUUUCAGGUAGGAGCUGAGCUUGCUACCAGUGCCCGUUGCUCCGGGUGAAUUCAAGGAAGGAAGACGUGGUUCGUGCUUCCUCCGUUCCUGUUUUAAAAACAUUUAAAUUAAUGCUCAUGGAUAUUACAUUUUGAAUAAUCAUCACGGGGCUUGCAUGCCCAUGUUUGCCAAAGUGUGGCACGAACACUUGUAUUAAAUGUUUCCGCUGUUUUGAAUGAAUAUUUUACAUUAUGUUUGUUUAUGGAUGUACUAUGUGUGAAUGAUAUCCCAAACGCCUUAUAUAGUAUGAAUGUGUUGGACUGCGGUUGACUAUUCGUACUGUACGGCGGAUUGUUGACGUGUCCGGAUAGGUCCGGGGCGUGACAGCAGUUUUGAC